AUGGCGGGUACAAGUGUCAAAGAAUUGGGCAAAAAUGAAUUCUCAAACGGAAAAUCAUCCAUCGUGGAACCGACAGAAUCGCAUGAAUCAUUCGCGGAUAUCGACUUCGCAGCAUAUGCAUUUCGAGUGGGCGACAAAAAUCGUAUUUCUCUCGUCGUGGAGCUGGACCAAAAUAUCGCCGUACCCUCGGUGGGAGGCACUGAAAUAACAACAUCGACCCCUGUUGAGAGUGCACCAAACAAGCAGACAACUCGGAAAAUAGUGCAAGAUAACAAUCAUGAUGUUAAACUGAUAAAGGAAGUUAAAUCGAGACUACAGCUGUACAGUAAAAAGGGAAAAAUAUCACAAGCAAAUGCCAAUAUUUUGUGGCAGGACAUCUGUUGCUCACUGGGGGGAAAAUACAGUAUUGUAGAUGCGAAAGCUAAGUGCAAAUAUUUAAAUUCCUCCUAUUUCAGACGUAAAAAGAACAAUGCUGUUUGUUGGCACAGUCAAUACUUAUCAUUCCUAGAUCUGCAUGAAAGUGAUUUGGAAGAGGAAUUAAACACUGUGGGAAAUGCAGAUUGCGAAAGCACAGGGGAAUUGAAAACUCCUGCCACACAAUCAUCGAUUAUCUCAAUACCGUGUGGUAGAAAAGAGAUAAUGCCCAGUGAAAAUUGCACGCCGAAAAUUAACCAACGUAAACGACGAUUGAACAAUAGUAAGUUUCUCGUAAAAGUGGUUUUUUAUAUCCCCAGUUUUGUAAUAGUUAACACUUGUUUUUACUUAUAUAAGUAUGGUUCUUGUUAAUAAAACUAUCACUAGAACACUGCUCGAAUGGUGCGAAU